UUUAAUAUAGAAAUCUGGUGCAUCCACCUCUCCACUAUGGUCCCUUCCAUCAUCAUUAAAGAUCCAACGUUCUUAUUUUUCGAAAACCGUUGGAGCCUAAACUCCCAAAUUUAAAACUCACCCACCCACCCCCUUUCCCUUCCGUUGCUCCACCGCUUCUUUCUAUUUCUUGUUUCCCACACUCCUUUGUUUUUUUUCUUUUAUAUUUUUAUUCAUCGCCAUGGUUCUCUUCUGAAUCUCCCCCACAACAUUUCUUUGCUAUUUUCUAAUGGGGUGUUUUCUUGGGUGUUUUGGGAUUUCCACUAAAAGAAGGCGUCGAAAACCAGCCAACCGUAUUCUCCCUGGACCUGCUGAUUCAAAACUAGUUAGUUAUGAGCCCUUGGAUUCUUCUGUUAAUGUUGAUAUCCCAGAAGAUUCCAUUGUCUCAAAACCUCCGCUGAGUAAUAAGCCAAAGGAAAGAUCGAGUGUUAAAAUCAGGAAAAAAGUGAGCUUUAACUUGAAUGUUCAAACCUAUGAGCCAAUUCCAGAUGAAGAAACAACUACCUACCAGUUUUUACAGAGUGUUGAAGAGGAAGAAAGAGAAAAGGUUAAUGGAGGAGAAGCUGCAAAACGUAGCUUGCCAUCUCUCUCUGAGGGGAUUUCAAGUUCAUUGCAGACGAGUUCUUAUCCUUGCAAUUAUAGAUACCAAAACUGUAGAGAUAGCUAUGAAGAAGAGGAUGAAAUGGUAAAUGAAGAAAGCGAUAUAGAAGAUGAUGAGUUUUUUUCUGAUGAAGAUGAUUAUGGUGAUGAUGAUGACAAACAUGUGGAUGAUCAAUUUGACUCUCUAAACAUGGAUUCAACAAAGGGAGCUUCUUUGGUUCGAUUGGAUGAUGACAGGUCCAAGAAUCAAAUGCCACUUGAUGGUUCAGCAGAUGGAAAUCUAAAGAGCAGAAGCCAAUAUCUGUGUUCAGUGUUGAAUCCGGUUGAAAACACGACACAAUGGAAAGAAAUCAAAGCGAGAGCAGCCGCAAAACCAAAGCAGAUGAGGAAGGAGAAUGUUGCAGCAGAGGGAGAAUCACAAGUACCCUUCAGUUCAGACCUGAGAUCCAACUGCUCAACAAAUUAUAAUCAAUCAAAGCCCCUACUGCAAGACAUAGCAGUCGAUGCUAGCCUCUCAAAUUGGUUGGUUUCACCGCCAGAUGGUUUUUGUUCUACAUCAGCAAAGCAACUGGCAACCAGAAGUGUUAAGAUGGAGAAAUCAACAUUAAGAAGCAAUACAGGGAGGAAAUAGGAAUCAAAUAUGAGAUAAGGUAUCGGCUAUUCAUUUUACUAUCGAGGAAUGUAAUCUCUUAAUUGUUGUUCAAAUAGUGAAAUAUAAACGUACAAGGGGCCAAAAAAAAAGGACCAUAACAAUUAAUCUAUAUAUACAUUAUGCAAGAAAGGCCAUGGAAUUUUCGUAUCUGUUCAUUGUGAAACGCAUGUCAAACCACCUCAGAAGUUGUACGGAGCUCCAGUUUGAUAAACUGCAUAUAUGAGAGAAUGUCUUGCUUGGCUUCUGGUCCCUUUUAUCCUAUGUUACUCCGACUUUUUAUUUUUCUAUAAAUACA